UUACUUGAACGUUUUGCCUAUAAAUAGUAAUAUUAUGCGAUGUUUAUGAACAAAAAGGCAAUUAUAGACGUUUUUCCUAUAUAACAGUGGUAUUUCUGAAUUUACAUAUAUUCACACACUUGUCCUUGAUUUCAUCACAAUCAAAAGUCACAAGAUCGAGAUAUGGAAAUGAGUACUAAGAAGGGUUGUCCAAGCCAUGCACAACCAAUGCAACUGAAGCCACCAGGUGCACCAUUCAAAUGCAGUGGAUGUAAACAAAUGGGGUUAGGAUGCAGUUACCACUGCGAAAGCAGCAACUGCAGUUACACCCUCCAUGAAGAGUGUGCGAAAGCUGUUUCUCUAGCCUUCCAUUCCUUUUUCCCCAAGAGCGAUUUCGAGUUUCAUGAGAAAGCACCGGGGAACCGCACUAGGUAUUGUGAUGGCUGUGGAAAAGAUGUGCUGGGGUUUGUGUACCACUGCUCUACCACAGGAUAUGACCUACAUCCAUGCUGCUUGAAGCUGAAACAUAGCCUUUCUGAUGAAGAAGGGCGCGUGACGCUUGAACUGUGCCAGAAGGUUCCCUCCAAGUGUGGGAAGUGUAAGCAUAGGAAUGUUGUGGAGGGAGUUAAAGGGUGGUCUUAUGUGUCUUCUGGGGGGAAUUAUUGUUACCAUGUGUCGUGUGUGAAGGAACUGAUUUUUGAGAAUUGGAAGAGGGGUUAUUUCUCUCAAGAAACAAAUUCAACUGGGAUGCGUAGUGAUAGCGAGAACACUCAAAUUGCACUGAGAAGCAUGGCGAUGGUGCAAAGUGGAAGAAGGUCAAGAAGAAUCAAGAAGUACACUAAGAUUGCUGUGUUGGUGUUCAAGUUAGUAGUUUCAGCUAUUUUUGGAAAUCCUAUAUCUGCCAUUGCUGCCCUUGUGGAAGCCCUUGUUUCUGAUUGAUCAGGAUAUCCUACAUUUUUUUUUUGUUGGGCAGAACUUAGAUAUAGCUACUUAAUUAGUUAUUUAUAGUGUUAUUCUUCGAUCAAAAUUAGAAUUUUACCUCAAUAAUUUAAUUAUGCUGAUGUUUAGCAUAAUUUUUUUUAUUGAGUUGAAACUCCAGUUUUUAUUGUUAAACAUCACUAAAAGCACACCAGUUAAAAGUAGUUGUAUAUAGCUAGGUUUUGUCUUUUGUUUGUUGCUGUUUGCUUUUUUAAUAGUUACUGUAAGGUGUUGCUGUUUUUUUCUUUUUUUUUUUUUUGGUCACUUUUAAGUGUUGCAGUUUGACAUUAAUGGUACGACCGGAGUUGUUCAAUUAUGAACUUCUUCGAAAUUUAAUUGUAAA